GUAACCGUGUGUUGUCGCACCGCCUCGUGCUCCUAUUUUCUGGAAUAUUUCUACCAGGGUCGUGGAGGAUGCUCUUUCGCCGCGCACUGGUCCUCAUCUGUCUUCUCGCCUCUUGUGUAGGAGAGGACGUGGAGGUAGUGGAGGCAGUAGCAGGAGAGCAGUCAGACGCCAAACACGCGGUCAGAGAUGAUGCGGAGGGCUCGGACCAGAUAGCGCUAGAGACAGCCAAAGACCAAGAUGCCUCAGGGUCCUCACAGAAGCUGGCCUACACGGGAACAUCCUCCAGGCACCCUGUUAGAAACGGACCUGGACCUUCACACAAGCCCUUUGGAAACCAUCUAGGGAAACCUCCUGUGUUUGACCAUGGAGCGUACCACGGCCCUCCGCCCCCGCCACCACCAGGAGCUGGCAAUAAACCUCCGCAAGAGGCAAUGGAUAAACUCUACGGAGGAGAUCCUUGGCCCUCGUCUACUCCAGAUAUGCCCAAGAUCGUAUCACUUGAUGUCAAGUGUGAGAAGAAUUUGAUGAAGGUUUACAUUGGGUUUGACAAACCCUUUUACGGAAUAGUCUUCAGCAAAGGUCACUACAGCAACGUCAACUGUGUUCAUCUCCCUGCUGGGCUGGGAAGAACAUCAGCUAACUUUGAGAUUAGUAUUCACGCGUGCGGGACAGCUGGAAAUACGGAGAACGGGCUGUACGGCUACGGCGCAGACUCAGGUUCAGGGACAUACUUUGAGAAUAUCAUCGUGAUCCAGUACGACCCCCAGGUACAGGAGGUUUGGGACCAGGCUAGAAAGUUAAGGUGCACAUGGCACGACCAGUACGAAAAGAGCGUAACAUUCAGACCUUUCCCUGUGGACAUGCUAGAUGUAGUCAGGGCGGACUUUGCAGGAGACAACGUAGGAUGCUGGAUGCAGAUACAAGUUGGGAAAGGACCGUGGGCAUCAGAGGUGUCUGGACUAGUAAAGAUUGGGCAAACCAUGACGAUGGUGCUGGCCAUCAAAGACGACGAUUCCAAGUUCGACAUGUUGGUAAGGAACUGCAUGGCUCACGAUGGCAAAAGAGCACCAAUUCAACUUGUCGAUCAAAAGGGAUGUGUCACCAGGCCUAAGCUAAUGUCUAGAUUCACUAAGAUCAAAAACUUUGGAGCAAGUGCUUCAGUACUUUCUUACGCACAUUUCCAAGCAUUCAAGUUCCCUGACUCGAUGGAAGUUCACUUUCAAUGCACCAUUCAGAUCUGCAGGUAUCAGUGUCCAGACCAGUGUUCUGACCCCAACUCCAUCCUGCACAGCGGCUUGAUUGAUGUGCAACACACGCCAGUGGAGACAGCCUACGGGCCGCCACCUCCGCCUUCCCUGCCCCUGGAGGCGUACCUCCAAGGAAAGCCGAGGGACGAGCGCAGAGUCAGGAGGCACCGCAGGGACACUUCCUCCGAGGAGGUAGGAGUCAACAGGAUCAUCCGUGUUGUGUCCACGGGUGACCUCACCUUCUCUCUGGAUGACCACUCCAACAGUUCCGCCCCCACCAUGGUGUUCCCUGCUAGAGAUGACGCUAACAGCAUGAUCUGCAUGACUACUCCAGGGUUUGCUGCCACACUCAUUGUCCUUCUAGGCAUCCUCAUCACGUCUUGUCUCUUAUCUGCUUUCCUCUGUGUUCGUCUCAGACCCAGUAAGAGUUUAAAGAACGUCGUAUCUCCCAUUUAUCCUGCCCCUCAACCUCAUCCGCCAAAAAAGUCUAAGAGCUGUUUUUUCUCGUAGACAUCAGUACUCGUAGGAAACUAUAACAUGUUAAAAAAUUAUUAGAAUUAUCUGGAAUGUCAUGAUUUUUCUACAUAACUAAAAUCAAAUUCAUGCAAAUUUCAGACUGAAUUUUAUAUUAGGAGUAGCCAUCUGCCAAAGCACGCAAUUUGAUUAAUUGUAGAUACGGUAGGAGUAAGGCCUGUUUAAAACCGCCUGUAUAUAAAAUAGUUACACACUUCUCAGUACAAAUGCAAAAAUAGAGGGGUUUUUUAGUUACAGUGUACAUUAUUUUUACGCUUAAGAAAAACUUCACUUUCCUGUUUUCUUUUUAAAUACGCUUAAAAUAUAAUCAAACAUCCUUUAUGUCGAUGUAUAUUUACUUUGUGAUGGUCCCACAUACUUAUUUGUUGUUGUUUAUGUGUCAAAUAAUAUUCAGAUUAUAGCCAGAUUGCAGAGUUUUCUAUGCAGUGAUGUAGUUUGGGAGCUUAUUAAGUUGAUUGUUACCACCCUUACUGUUGGGUGAGAUUUGCAGGUUAGAAUUGUGUUCAAACUCUAGACAACUAGUUUGUUCUGAAAAUGCUCAAUUUUCCCUCAAUUAGAACUUAAGGAUUUGUGUACUUGUAUAAGUGUAUAUAUUUAUUUAUUGAAUAAUUUACAAUAUAAGUGUUAUCGGGUAUAUUUAUAUUUAGGUUUAUGCUUUCUAAACCUGUGCGCGUCCCUGUGUUAGAAUAUGUUUUACCAGCCACUUGUUAAUUUUGAUUUAGAGUUAACUCUCAAUACAAAACAGGUAUGUAUGCAAGAUUAUUACACUUUUAGAACUAAAUUAACUUUUAAAUAUUUUUAGAUAGGAAAUUUAAAAAAAUAAAUAAUUAUAUUUAGUUUGUAUAAACUGCCUUUUAAGUCUCAAAAUAAGAACACAUAGAAUUUCAAGCAUUACUGAGUAAAAGUAAAAAAAAGUAAGUAAAAGUAAUUACAAUUAUUUUGCGCUACAUAGAUUUAAACUUUUCCUGUUGUGGAACUAAUGUAUUUUUUUUUUAAUUUUGGUUUUUUAUUUAAUCCAACAAGCUCAUGCUAAGGAUAUGUACAUGUCUUAGAGAGAGCUACUGACUGUAAACACUAAAAGUAUAAAAUAAUUUAGUUUCA